UUUUCUUAUAUUUAUCAAAUUUUGUUUUUCAAGAAUUUUCUUAGAUUUUUUUCUAAAAAUUUUCUGUCUAAUAUUUUUAGAUUUUUUAGGUAUUAUAAUCUUUUUUUUUAUUCAACUUUUCAUCUUUAAAUAGAAAUUAUGAACAAUUUUAAUGCUUUUUCUGUUGCUUCAAGCAGUGUUGAUCAUCCUCCUCCACCUUUAGCCGAAUCUAAACGGGAAGAAUAUCUGGCCAAAAUUCUUCACACUGAAAGGCGCUUUAAUGAUUUGAGAUUAAAAUUGCAUAAAGCUAAAAUGUCGCAGUUCGAAAAACUUCAAGACGAUAUUUUAAAUAGGCGUUGUAGUAUUUUCUUGAGGCGGAAGGCUCAAUUGGAUUCUGAAUUUGAUACAAGGAGAAAGGUUUUCUUUUAAAUAAAAUUUGUUUGGACUUAAUGAAGCAUGAGAAAGCGAUCGUUUCUUUUCUUCUUGUCGAAUUGGACCAAAAAAUGGCCGAAUUUUUUGUUUCUGUUGUUCAAAAGUUUUUUCCCUCAUCGCCCCCUAUUUGUUCCCUUGUCAGUCUUAUCUAAAAAUUUUUAUUAACCGGGCAACAUGGGAUAAUUACAACUCUUUUUCAGCCUUUAAAAACACUAUCUGUUCUCUUCAUUUGUCAGGCUGAUCUGUUCCUUGUUUGUCUGUUCACUGGAAUAAAUAGGACAGAUAAUUUUGGGGGACAAGCAAUUGGCGUUCUAAACGCCAAAAUGUUGGCGCAUUUUCCAUUUUUAGCCCCGCUGGCUACGCCCUUGGGGACAAGUCUGGAAACUGGGACCACAGACUUGACUGCCAUUUUUUUCAGAUCAGACUUGUCUGUUUCGGUUGUUGUUCCCUUCUCAAGUUUUACCAAAAAAUUUUAUUAACCUAAAAAUACUGGAUAAUCACAAAUCUUUUUUAUCCAUUAAACCCCCCCCCACAUUUUACCUUUUUGUUUAAACUUUUUAGAAUCUUCAAAUAAUCAAAACUCUUCGACUCGAUGCCCUCACAAGAAAACUAAAUUUUCAACGAGAAUUUGCUUUAAACAAUUUUGAACAUGACAAGGAAUAUACAAAACAACAAAUAUCUAAAAGGAUUGAUGAAAAACUGGAACAAGUUGAAAAUGAAAUGAAACAAAUUGAAGGUUUUUUU